CGUCAGGCACCGCGGCGGGAGCGCCGGGUCGGGGCCGCCGCUGCCGCCGCCGCUUUCCUCAGGCUCAGUCCUGUCCCGUCCCGCCCGCCGCCAUGCGCCACAGCCUCACCCAGCUGCUGGCGGCCUCCUCCGGCGGAGCGAGCCCCUCGGGCGCCGUCUGGCCGCUAUCCGGCGCGGGGCAGGCCCCGAGAGGGCGGGAUGGCGGCGGGGAAGGGGACCCGGGCCCCGCGCGGCCCAAACAACAGCAGCCGCCGCGGCGGGAGGAGAAGGAGCCGGAGGCGCCCGGCGGCCCGCUGGAGGUGUGGGAGCAAGAGGACUGGUUCCCGGGUUUGGAGCUGGGAGACCUACUGGAGGCGGCCCGGCCGGACUGGGACCUGGACGCGGAGCUGAGCGGCUGCUUCUGUGGGGAACCGGAGCCGCUGCCCCCGCCGGGCCCGGGUCAGCGGCCGGCGGCGGUCGGGCGGAGGAAUGGCGGGGCUGGGAGCCGGCUGAAGGCGGCGGCGGCGGCGCGGCUGAACCGGCUGAAGAAGAAGCAGUACGUGCUGGGGCUGGAGAGCCGCCUCCAGGGCCUGGCUGCUGAGAACCGGCAGCUGCGGGACCGCAACCGCGGCCUGAGCCGCCGCCUGCGAGAGCUGGAGCGGGAGAGCAGCUACCUGCGGGCCGUGCUGGCUAACCAGAGCGCCCUGGGGCAGCUCCUGAGCCGCUUAGCCGGGAUCCGCGCCGGCGGGCUGCAGCUCAGCACCAGCCUCUUCAGGGACACGGGCAGCCCGCGCCGCCAUCAUCACCACCUCCAGCCUGCCGGCGAGAGCAGCGACCACGACUACGCCCUGCCCAGCUCCAGGCCUGCCAGCCUGGAGGAGGCGGCGGUGGUGACGGAGACGGAGGAGGAGUGGGCAUCCCCCGGCGGGAUCUGCCUCCACGUGGACCGGGAUCAGGUGUCGGUGGAGUUCUGCUCCAUCUGUGCUCGGCGGGCAGCGGCCUCCUUCAAAAUUUUCUCUUUUAGGUGCUUGCCCUGCCAGGCUCCGUUGUGUAGGGGUUAAAGAACAGUCGUUUUCCACCUCGCAACCUGUGGAUUCAGCUGUGUUGGGGCAGAAGAGACGGGACCAGCUGCUGGCCACAUUUCCUGCUUUAUUUUAAAAGGUAGUAUAAGAAAUGAGAAUAAAGAGGUAACAGGGCUUUUGCUGUCUUUGGUUAAACACAAACAAACAGGUUGAAUGCUGGGAUCAUUUUCUGCCAUCCAAGAUGUGUUUUCUAUAAAAGGCAAUAUUCUGUCAAACAGGUUUUACUCCACUAUGUGCAGAAUUCCAUCUGGUCAGGGUGUACUGCCAGCACAGAAGAGACUUAGUGGGAUAUAUGUUCCCUUAUACCUCUGUGGUGGCGUCAGUGGGACUGUGCACUCAGUCCUGAAUUGUGUAACCCUGUUGUAAUGGAUGGGUUACACCAGUGCCACAAGAAUUGGAGUUACCCACUGAGACCCAAACUGAGUGAUAGGCAGAAGGGAUAUAAUGGAGCUCGAUUCAGCCUGGGCUCAGUCUGCCAAGCUCAGGCUUCAGGAACAUGCUUGGUUCUGGACUUUAACAUGCUUGAUGAAAAGAGAAAUGCUCAUGUAGCAAGUAUGGGAUGUUUCAGUGGCAUCUUUACAGUUACUUCAGCCUAGAAGUGGGGUUUAAGUGAACUGAAAUAUGCAUUCUUUCUUUCUGCAUCGCUGCUAAGCGGUAGGGGCCGUAGUUCUGGUCUCUGUUGUGAACCUGCACAUGGCUCACAGACGCUACACAUGUGCUGUGUCUGAGAGGAGCUGAUGAUCUGACAUGCAAAAUGGUGUAUACUGGUACAAGAGCAAGGGCAGGUCCCCAGGAAGUAAGUGGCUGCAGGCAUUUCUAGUGCCUACUGAAUCAUAUUUAUACCAAAUAGAGGGGAGGAAGUUAUUUGAAACUCUAACCGACUGUACUAUCUGUAUGGUGUGUUAUUAAUGUAGCUUUUUGAAGUGGAAGCCUUGAAAUGACAUAACUUAAUACUUGAAAAACAUAUUGUAAAUGUUUCUUUGUAAUUAUGUGCCAUCCAGAUAAGAAUACAAGCUCAUAAUAAAAUCAGACUUGUUGAUCUUUCAA